CAAUCUCUAAUGACCACCAUUUCUAUUACCAAUACACCCACCAUCACCACUACUACUCUCGCUUCUCUCUCUACAACUAAUACUAAUACUACUGCUAGGUGUCUCAAAGAAACGAUUUGAUCUUUCAAGACUUCGUCAAACCAUAGCUUUCUGUCCAACUGAAGGGUACUGUUCAAUUUUCUUUUACUUACGCUGUCUCUUUAUUCCGUGUUGAGCUUCUACAGGACCUGGGGCAAUGCAUCGCUACGUUUUACUGUUGAUUGGAUGUUUUAAUUCAAUAAUCAUGCUGAUGGCAAGUGUCCAAGGGCAAUGUAACAAGGAAUAUCAGACAAUGAGAAUCCAAGAAUGUGAGAGUCUGUUACAGUUAACACACUUCGACAUUAAUUCCCAGAUAACCAAGACAGUGAAUUCAUGGAUGGCAUCUGAUAUGGUGAACAUUUGCAGAUAUAAAUAUAAACUUGAGCUGUGCUACCAGUUAAUAAUGCUUGAAUGUCCUAUGCAUCAAAGGGAAAUACAACUCAAGUUAGAAUACAUACAUGACACCUUCAAUUAUCUGUGCAAUGGAAGGAUUCAAACUUACAUUGAUGUACAGCCUUGUUUGAAAUAUAUUGAAACACUCCCUGCCAUGAAAAGCUGUGAAAGCAUUAUUCUACCACGUGUUGAUGAAUGCAGUAAAAUUGAUAAGUUGACUACAUGUGUAGCUAACUGGAUAGAGCGAUCGUGUGGUCCAAAGGCAGCAGGUUUUAUGAAAGUAUUGCUGGAGACUGAACUUGCUUUGCCUCUGCCCCCAGGAACAUGUAAAUUCACCAACAAAGGAAAAGAUUACAAAUGUUCUUUGCAUAAUGUUGAAACUGAAAGCAAUGUCUGUGCAUCUCAGAUUGGAUUCUCUAACAAAGAUCUUAAGCAGUUAAUGUUGAAUCCUUUACCAAAACUGAAUAAAGAAAAACUAAAUUUCGUUUGCAAAAAUUUAGGACUAUUCCAGAGAUGCUUACAGAGAAUAAAAGGAGAAUGCCACCACACAAACAAAUUAAUGUUAUUCGAACAUUUUUAUUAUAACAAACUUUUAACCUACAUCUGUAAACAAGAUCGAAGUGUUGUCCUCAUUCACAAUUACUGCUUAACUCAGACACCAUUUUCUGAUUAUCGAAAAGCUUGUUUCAUUAAAGGAGGAAGGAAGAUACUCAAUUCAACAACCAGCAUGCAGGCUUGUCGUUCUCUGGAUGAAACCAUUCACUGCAGUUUGGAUUUAACUAGGAAAGUCUGUAAUUUGAAAGAUUAUCAGUUCAUGAGAAACAUCUAUGAACAUGGUGUGAAAAGCACUUUCUUCAAAGACGGCUGUUCAUAUAUUACUAAAGUCACAAUCAAACCAGAAAUCACAACUGAAGACUCCCCUCCGAAAGUAUCCAAUACAUUUAGUAUUAUUGUAGUGUCUGUGGCAGUUGCAUGUUUCUUGAUAUUUGGUGGGAUUGUUGGUGUUUUGAUGGCAGUUCAUGCAAAAAGGAAGAAAGGAAUGGAAGAACCAGUUAAUAACAGAUCACAAAGUAAUAUCAUCACCAGACCAAAUUUUGUAAUUCAACCCCAUCUACCACCAUACGACAGAUAUGAAAAUAGCUCAGCCCCUCCCCCACCACCGUAUGAUGAAAUAAUGGCUGCAGAUUACAGAGCAUCAAAUCGCUUCUGAAUACUCUUCAAAUGAGUGUUCAAAUAAUGAUUAAUUAUUUUUUUUAAAGAACUGACUAAAUAACAUUUUGGUGAAAUCAGUAAUAUAAUACUGAAGUGGGGUGGGUAAAAAGAAGGAAAAUAUGGUAUCUGUAAGCUUCACUUGGGGAAAUCCAUCAUACCUUUUGUAAAUGUAUUGCUUGUAGACAUAUCAUUUCACAUUCAUAUCAUUCCAAAGCAAUUCCAUUUUGUGGUGAACUAGUUUUUACAUAUUGUAGAAACCUAAGAGUUUAUGCAUGCCAUUUACACCUUGGAUUUUUAUUCAAACUUCAUAGAUUGAUGAAAAACAUAAAACAUACAAGGAAUGGACAGGUCCUCUUCUAUUUACAUUACCUUCCCACAAAAUUUGUGAACUCAUCAUCAUUAUCAUUAUCAUUAUACUUCUCUGGUAAUAGAUUCUCCUUUUGCAGAAAGCUAUACAAUCCGCCUGUCAUGAGGCCAGUUUAUAAUUAGUAGAGUAAUAGUAAUCCUGUAAUAAACCUAGAAUUACUGAUCCCCGCUUCCUUUUCUCAUCCAUGUUGUUGUUCCAUUUUCUAUACUGUUAGUUAAAAAUGGUUGUAUAUAACUGCAUGCUUGAGACAUUUUUAAGCCAAAAUUUCUGAUCAUCUGGUUACAAAUUUUUAUAACCAGUUUGCAUCACUGUUAUGUUUAAAUUCUUUGCUCCAAAUAUCAGAUCAGAAGUUCCUUACUCCUUCAGCAUCUGGCACGUUAGUUCCAUAAGGUUCAACAGUUGCUAAAAAUUUUCUUUUAUUAUUCCUGAAGAACCUGUUCUGCUGAUAUUGAUUUAUUCUUUGUUGGAGUUGAUAUUAUCAACUUAUCCCUUCCAUUAGAAUUGCUGGCCUUAGGUCAAAAUGGCAUAUACAUACAUAUAUAUUUAUGAUGGACUUCCCCAUCAAAGAAGAUAUAUGAGCAUUCAGCUUUUUGCUGAACGAAGUGCAAAAAUGAUUUGUUUAUAGUGAUCAAAUGCUCAUACCGCACAUUAACUCACUCUCUCCAUCAAAUUAACGUAGUCUGAACAGGUGCACAGUAUGCCAUGCAUCAGGUGUCGAAGUGAUUGCAGAGCAAUGUGAGAUGAAGUGUUUUGCUCAAGAAAACAAUGCUAAACCAGUCUAGGAAUUGAAAUCAUAAUCAUAAUCGUUAGAUUGUGAGUGAAACACCCUAACCACCAGGCCAUGAACCCUC